UCAGGGAAAACAUGGCUACAGAUUGGCUUGGAAGCAUCGUCUCAAUCAACUGUGGAGACAGUUUGGGAGUCUACCAGGGAAGAGUUUCAGCCGUGGACCAAGUCAGCCAGACGAUCUCUCUAACGCGGCCUUUUCACAAUGGGGUCAAGUGUUUGGUACCCGAGGUCACCUUCAGAGCGGGGGACAUCACCGAGCUGAAGAUCCUGGAGAUCCCGGGCCCUGGAGACAACGGUCCGUGUGGAGACUUCCAGCAGAACGACCUUGGCGUGCCCGGUGUCGGAUGCCAAGGGGGCGUCAGUCAGAACGGCACUGGCAAACUGCCGAAGAAGCCCGGCUCUUCCAGCAGCGCCCCCCAGAACAUCCCCAGGAGGGCCGACGGGAGGAGCCAAGACGUGGCUGUCUCCCCCCAGCAGCAUCAGUGCUCCAAGAGCUACAUGGAUCGGCACAUGGAGUCCUUGAGUCAGUCGAAGGUCUUCCGCCGGAGGCACAACUCGUGGUCCUCCAGCAGCCGCCACCCGAACCAGGCCACCCCGAAGAAGAGCGGUGCGAAGAACGGGCCGAUGAAGAACAAGGACGACGAGUGCUUUGGGGACGACAUUGAGGAGAUCCCGGACACCGACUUCGACUUCGAGGGGAACCUGGCGCUCUUCGACAAGGCAGCCGUGUUCGAGGAGAUAGAGACAUUUGAGCGGAAGAGCGGGACCCGCUCCAGGGGCACGCCGAACGAGAAGUCCGCCCGCUAUCGCCACGACGAGAACAUCUUGGAAUCCGAGCCCAUCGUGUACCGGAGGAUCACCGUGCCCCAGGCCAGCAAAGAGUUCUGCACUGAUUCUGGGCUGGUCGUCCCGAGCGUCUCUUACGAACUGCACAAGAAGCUGCUCUCAGUGGCUGAAAAACACGGGCUGACCCUGGAGCGGAGGCUGGAAAUGACUGGGGUUUGUGCCAGUCAGAUGGCGUUGAGUCUGCUCGGAGGACCCAACAGGCUGAACCCGAAGAACAUACACCAGCGCCCCACGGUGGCCUUGCUGUGCGGCCCCCACGUGAAGGGGGCCCAGGGGAUCAGCUGCGGUCGGCACCUUUCCAACCACGACGUCCAGGUCAUCCUCUUCCUUCCCAACUUCGUCAAGAUGCUGGAGUCGAUCACCAACGAGCUGACGCUCUUCGGGAAGACUCAUGGGCAGCAAGUGUCCAGCGUCAAAGAUCUUCCAGCCACGCCCGUCGACUUAGUGAUAAACUGCUUGGAUUGCCACGAAAAUGCCUUCCUGCGGGACCAGCCAUGGUACAAGGCCGUGGUGGACUGGGCCAACCAGAACCGCGCCCCGGUCCUCAGCAUCGACCCCCCCGUGAGCGAGGCGGAGCAGGGCAUCGACGCCAAGUGGUCGCUGGCCCUGGGGCUGCCCCUGCCGCUGGGCGAGAGGGCCGGGCGGGUGUACCUGUGCGACAUCGGCAUCCCGCAGCAGGUCUUCCGGGAGGUGGGCAUCAACUACCACUCGCCUUUCGGCUGCAAGUUCGUCAUCCCCCUGCACUCGACCUAGG